AUGGCAGGACCGCCCGCUGAAGAGGCUAAAGGCAAGGGCGAAGUGCCUGCCGCGUUCAGGAAGCCUGGCGUGCCUGGAGGGGAGGCAACGGCGCUCAAGGCGCCGGUGACGGUGUCGCCAGUGACGUCUGACGCCAGCCGGAUGAGACCCAAAGGAGGCGAGACGACUAUGUCGCCCGCGGUCAUGCCCAAGCUUGCGCCAAAGGCGAAGACGGUGGCCGCGCCAGGCGCAAAGGAGACGAAGGACAACGAGUCGGGAAACGAGGACUACAAUAACUUUGUGAAGUUCUUGACCACCACGAUGCAGGCCGCCAGGCGCACGAUUCUCAGAUCUGGGAGGCCGCAGAUGAGCCUCAAGGAGCUGCCUGGCAACUUCGAGCGCCGCUUCGGCACCGUCUUUGAGAAGAGUCGCUUGGGUUUGCAGGACCACAGCGAUCUGGCAGCCCUGCUCUCCUUCUUCCCGUGCUUUCUGGUGGACAGGUCCAACCCCUCAGGCCCCACGGUGGCGCUGCGGCCGGGCAACAAGGCACUGGCUCCCAAGGAGUCUGUGGCACGGAUGCUGUUCCAAAGGUCUCGAGAUCUUCAGCCAAAGAAGCUGCAGCACAUCCUGGAGACAUACCAGAAGAAGUCCGAAGAGACCAAAGCGCGGAUUGCAGAGGUGACCAAGGCGAAGCGAACCGCCCGAGAGGCGCAGCUGGAGCAGGAGGCCAAGCUGCGGGCGGCGGAGGCGCACUCCGCGGCGGCGCCCAAGUCUUUCCCCGGCAUGCCACCCGGGCUUUCAGCCGUCGAGCAGCAACCGCCUUCGCAGCUGGGUCGUUCGGUUCGUGCCUUGCCGCCUGCGGCUCAGGGCAAAGAUCCUCCGGGCAAGGCCCCUCCCAAAGCUCCUCAGGUGGUGCCCCCGAUGAAGGCGCCGCCCUUGCAGCCUGCUCAGGCCUUACAGCCGGAACCGGCGAGCGAGCCGACGCAGACUCGGGAGCAGCAGCUCCUGCAAGAGCAGCAAGACUUGGAGAAGCGGGCGCAGGAGCACAUGGCUCAGCUGGUAGAGCAGAUGCAAAAUCUCCGGCAGCAGGUCCAAAGGUCGCAGGUGCCUCCCAACAUGCUCCCGCAGAUCCAAGCUCAGAUGCAGCAGCUGAGCCAGCAGCACAGCCUCCUGCAGCAGCAGGUCUCCGAGCGACGCCAGCAGCUCGCGGCGGAGUUGGAGAAGGAGAAGAAUGCAGCUGCGCAAGCGGCGCAAGCAGCGGAGGCCGCCCGCGAAGCUGCCGCCGCGGGCGCGCGGAUGCAGGAGAUUCAGCAACAGCUGCAGAGUGUGCAGCAGCAGCAGGAGAUCCUGGUUCGCCAGUGGCACUCCGGCCAUGCCAGCCCUGUGAUGCAUCAGCAGCAGGCCCUUUUGCAGCAACAGCAGCAGCAGCUGCAGCAGCAGAUGAGUCAGUUGCGGCAAAAGGUCCAGGCCGCACAGCCGGCGAAAGCUUCGCCACCGCACGCCCAGCCUGCUCCGCAGACGCAGGAGAUGCCUCAGGUGCCACAGCAGCCGGUGCAGUCGCAGCAGGCAGUACAGCCGCAGCAGCCGGUGCAGCCGGUGCAGCCGGUGCAGCCGGUGACAAGGCCUCAGCUAGUGAGGCCCAUAAGGCCACUGCAGCCAGGGGUGGUGCAGCCAGGCCUAGUGCAGCAACAGCAGCAGCAGCAGCAGCAGCAAGCCUUUGCGCCGGAAGAAGUUCAAUCCCGGCCCGUGGACCCCAUGGAGGAGCAGCUUCAAGCAGUGCAGCACCAGAUGGUGAAGCUGCAGCUGCAGCUUUCGAGUCCCCAGCCCUACCUGGUGAAGCAGCAGCUGCAGCAGCAGCUGGUGCUGCUGAGGCAGCGCCAGCAAGCGCUGCAACGCCAGCUUCAGCAGAAGACUGCCGAAGCGCCAGCCAAAGCUCCAGAGGCUGGGGAGUCACAAUAUUUGCAGCAGCAGCAGCAGAACCAGCAGCAGCAGCAGCAGCAGCAGCAGCAGCAGCAGCUGCAGCAGCUGCAAAGCCAGCACCAGCAGACCGCGGAAGAUGGCCAGAUGGCCGGUCCACAGGCAAUGAUGGAGCAGUUGCAGCAGAAGCUGACCAGGCUGCAGCAGGAGACUCCACAGCAGCAGCAGCAGCAGCAGCAGCAGCAGCAGGAGCCACCGUCUGAGGCGUCGCAGGCGCCCCGAGCGCGGACGAUCUCACCCGUGCGCUUCUGUCUGCACUGCCUGGUGGCGAAGAAGCAGCUCCACCACCUCAGUGGCGGCUCCACGGUGGAGACGAAAGAUGUAGUGAAGGAUCACCAUGAGAUGUUUGAUGCCUUCACACGCCAGGAUUGGAAGGAAGUGGCCAGACACAUCGACUCGCAGGUGAAUGCUGAAGCUCUUGCAACGCUCGGGGAGCAGAACUUUCAGAACUGCGUGCGACUCUCCAUUGGCGCCAUCGCCCACACCCACGAGAGCCCGAAGGACGUGGAGGAGGCGGCGGAGAUUCUGCGACGGGGCGUGUUCCUGGCAAAGUGGCCCUUCACCAAGGUGGCCUAUUUGGUGACCGAUCACCCCAAGCAGACUGAGGUUCUGUGUGCCGCUCUGGCACCUCUGGGCACGGACACAUGUGCGGCAGUAGACCGAUUGGUGGACGGCAUCGACGGCUCCGCGAAGUUCUUGCGCCCAGUGGUGUUACACUUUGCCAAGAGGUGUUUGGAUGAAAAGCUGGAUGACAAGGCCCGUCGGCUGCUGGAGUGUGCCAAAGAGGUCCUUGAUGGCACCCCGGCAGAAGAACUGAAGUCGCUGCAGGCCGAUGCCAGCGAGGUGAAGUUGGGCCCAGUGGAAGACCACCACGCCAUGUGGAACGCCUACGUGAGCAAGGAUUGGAAGGAGGUGGCGCGGCACAUCGACAGCCAGGUGAGCGCUGAGGCCCUGGCGGCGCUGGGGGAGCAGAACUUCGCAAACUGCGUGCGAAUGUCAUUGGCGGCCAUCUCCAACACAAUUGACAGCCCCCAGGAUGUGGAGGAGGCUCUUGUGGUACUUCGCCGCGGCCUUUCCAUUUCAGGUUGGCCGCGGGGGCGGGCGGGGGGGCUGCUGGUGGAGUUUCGGCAGAGCGGGCGAGUGCUGGAGGCUUUGUAUCUCCCGCCAGGCACCUCCACCUCCGAAGCCGUGGAUGGACUGUCGGAGUCGGAAUUAGACGGUGAGAGCGGCGCGUUGGUGCUAGCUUUGACGCGGCGAUGUAUGGCAGAGGGGUUGGACACGAAGGCGCUGGGCUUGCUGGACAAGUACUUGAAGUUGCACAAGCCAGCAAACCCGUACGACUCUGGAGACCUCCUGGCGCUGUGGUAUGCCCUGCGCUGGCGACAGCAGAAGCGCGAGCCCAGCUACAAGGGCAAAGUGGCCGUGGUCAUCUUCAACAAAGCCCACGUUUCGAUUCUGAAGGAUUCCGGGCUUUGCGACCUGGGGGUGACCUGCUGGGAUGAGAAAACCUUCAGAUCGGAGACGGUGCCGGAGGUGCAGCGUGACUGGAAGAUCUUCAGCGACGCCAUGAGCUUCUUGACCGACGGGGCACUUGCUUUGGACACCGUGCUGGUGGAGGACUGCGCAGAGACGAUGCCACCGGCUGCAGAGCCAACGUGGGAUGCCAAGUAUAAGCGCUGCAGCGCUGGGGGGGACUGGUGCCACCAAGAUGUCAUGAUGAAGCUGGAAGAGUGGGAGGAGCGUUACAAAUGUCGCGACGGCAGCGACGUGGUGGCCUUUCACAUCCUUUGGCCUGCUGGCAAGGAUCCUGAGAAGAAAGUGGAUGUGGUGAGCGGUGGAAUGCUGGCAGAUACUACCAGUGCAUCCGCUUACAAGAAUCGACCCGUCUUCAUCGAUGAGGGCUAUGUGUGGAGCCACCAUCACCGGGUUUUCUGGAUGUUCCAUGAGAUUCAUCACAAGUACGAAGAGUUCUUCAAGGAUCAGCUCGACUUCGCCCAGUUGAUCAAGAAGACGGAUCAUCCUAUGUUCCAACGCGACCUUUGGAUCGAGGAGUUCAAGGGCGAGAACGAGAAGUUCCCGGGGCCCCACUGGAAGGGCGAUACGGAGUUCGACUGGUACGUGCAGGCCAUCACCCUUCGCCUCACAAAGGUGACGGAGCCAUUCUCCUUCCAGGAGAACGGAAGAGUGAACCACCUGGAGUCAACAAACUGACCCUUAAACAAUGGGGUCAUUUCCCCCAAAAAAUGGGGUCAUUGACCCAUUUGUGAAGGGUCAUGGAGACUCCAG